UAUUGGGAGCGGGUCACGGGCCAGCCCUGUUUCCUAUUAAAGCCAGAACAUUAAGCACGUGAGAGGACCAAGAUGGAAACCUCCGGACCAGUUGAACAAUGGAGCUUCGUUGAUUCCGUGAAGGAAGAAAGUGAAGAAGAGCAGCAGCUGGUGGUUAAAGAAGAGGUUCCUGAUGUGAGCAGUUCCAGUUUGGACCAGCAGAACCUCACAUGUUCCCAGGUGAAGAAGGAAGAGGAGGAACAGUGGAUCAGUCAUUCUGAGAAAAAUGAAGUUGACGAGAAACCUCAGUUGGCAGAAGUUCAUCACAUCAAAAGUGAAGACAGCAGACAGACAGAAACUCUGACUAGCAGCUCAGCUGAACAGAUGAAAACAGAAUCUAAUGGAGAGAUAAGUGGAGGAACAGAACCUAACAGAGAACCGAAUCCAAAUCCUAAUUUACACGCAAAUAUUGAAGAAAGGCAUUCAGCAUCUUCUGAGACUGAAGUCAGUGAUGAGAAGGAAGAGAAAAAUCUAUCAGGUUCUGGAUCUGAAAUUGAAGACAGUGAUGAGAAUUGGAGGGAACCCAGAACACGUCAGUCUGGUGUAAACAGCAAAGUGGGACGUAAAGCUGCCAAGAAAACCUUCAGCUGCCCUGACUGUGGUAAACAGUUUGUGAGGAAGCAGAUGUUCCAGAAACAUAUGGCAGGUCAUUCAGGAGAAAAGUCUUCCAGCUGUUCGGUUGAGAAGAAUCACUCUAGAGGGAAGCAAAACAGUGAUGCACAGAUGGAAAGGAAAUCCUUUUCUUGUGACGAUUGUGGUAAAAUCUUUCAGAACCAAGCUGCUCUUAAAUGUCAUAUGAGAAUCCAUCGUAGUAAAAAAUUAGUUGUUUGUAAAGAGUGUGGUAAAAGCUUCCACCGUCAGUUUCAACUUAAAAAUCACCUGACACUCCACACAGGAGAAAGACCUUUUGCCUGUGAUAAAUGUGGCAAAACAUUUAGACUAAGACAUACCCUUAAAAUUCACAUGAUAUGCCACACUGAAGAAAAACCCUUUGCCUGUGAUAAAUGUGGUAAAAGGUUUAAAUGGAAGCAUAGUUUCAAUAGUCACAUGACAAGCCACUUGAGAGAGAAACCAUUUCAGUGUGAGCUAUGUGAUAAAAUGUUUACAACAAAUGGAGGUCUGAAGACCCACAUGACCAUCCAUAAGGGAGAAAAACCGUUUGCAUGUAUUGAAUGUGGCAGAUGCUUCAGACUUAAGGGUGAUCUAAAAGGCCACAUGGCAACCCACUUGGAUGUAAAACCAUUUGGCUGUGGAUACUGUGGUGUCAGAUUUACUCAUAAAGGAAGUCUGCUCCUGCAUGUUAGACACCACACUGGUGAGAACCUGCUGUCGUGUGAUAAAUGUGAUAAAAAGUUUGCUCGAAAGUGUGUCCUUCUGAAACAUAUGCGAUUUCAUGCAAAAGAGGAGAAUGUGGCGUCUGGAAAGGGGAACUUUGCUUGUGAAGAAUGUGGAAGACGGUUUGUCCAGAAGUCGCAUGUGAAAAGACACAUGGUCAGACACACAGGACAGAAACGAUUUGGAUGCAAUCUUUGUUUGAAUUUGUUUACGCGAGCGGAAUCCCUGAAGAUGCACAAUCUGAAAAUUCACAGUAAAUAGAGAUUGUACACAGAGAAUUUGCUUGGAAAGCUUUACUGCAAGAACACCACAGCAGUUUGCAUUGUUUUGUUUCCAUUUUAUCUGGAUUCAUUUUGAAUUGAAGAUUAUUUUGCUUCUUAGUAAGUAGAGCAUUAUGUACAGAAAACUUUUAAAUUGACUGGAUUUAUUUCUUUGAGUGUUCCUACCUUGCUGAAUUAAGGUGAUAUCAAACCAUAAUCCCACUUAUUGUCUAAAACAUGCUUCUAUUAAUCAUUUCUGUCCAACCAGUACAUACCUUCUCUUCAUAUUAGAUCAUCAGUACGGCUUGUACUGAUCGUUCUUUUCAGAGGAAUCAUGAGCGGUUCUGAUUGGGUAAUUGUUUUUCAACAAUCAUUAAAACUCAAGUUCUAAAGACUCAUUCAAUAACAUGUCUGUUUUUCAUUGUCAUUUUCUUUUAACUGUGUAACUCUCUUGAAAAGCAAAGGAUAAUUAAAAGAUAAU